AUGCCGGUACCUUACAUCGACACGCCGCGAACCGAGAUAGACGGAAACGCGACCUAUUUAACGAACGGACUUCGAAGCGCCUACCGUGGCAAUCUAUCUGCCCUCGACUCGGUGGAAAACUCUUUUCAGACGCCUUCGAAAGAUGGGGAUAUCAUCAAAACACUGGAAGCCCGACAAAACGCAGUUAAUGGAGCAACAACACAGACACCGCGCGUAUCUGGCACCGGAGCAAGAAGUUCACGCAACUCCCUCGGUGAUCGACGAACACUACCAGCGAACGCGCCGCCAAAAGGCGAAUUCACGCCCAUGAUGCGAAGUGUGACGCGGAAUAACUAUCUUCGAAAUAUGUCGGCAGUGAGAGGCAGCGGCGUUCCCAAAACCCCAGCAUAUCUCAAAGAUGGCUAUCGAAGUAAUGGAAACACGCCAGGACUCCCGCCAAUUGAUGCGACAAAUAUCUAUGAGGACGGAGGAACAACUUCAAUGGCCAUGGACGAUAUUACGCCUCUACCUCAAGUCGCGAGCAGUAGCCCGAAUGGGACUCCACUACCAUAUUUUUCGCGCAAGGGAGGCGCUGGAGGAGUGUUGGAUACAGAUCAGAAUAUGCUUUCUUUGAAAGAGCAAGAGAAUGCUAUCAACAAAUUAGAUAAGGAAAAUUUUGGGCUAAAGUUGAAAAUCCAUUACCUAGAAGAACAACUCAAAAAAGCCGGUCCAGGGUACAACCAAGCAGCACUCAAGGAAAACACCGAGCUGAAGGUUGCCAGAAUCACGAUGCAGCAGGAGAUAUCGCGUUAUAAAAAAGGUCUUCAUCAAGCCGAACGUGACUUAGAAGCAUACCGUCUACAGCUUCAAGAACUCCGAGAAAAGGCCAAGCGAAGACAAGCCGACGAGGCCAUACAGCGGGAAAUGGAUUAUAUGCGCGAAGAAAUCGCAACCCGGGAAGCGCAAGUCAACAACCUUCAGGAAGAACUACGCAAUGUCAAGGACAAAGAUUCUGAUGAGGUGGAGCGUUUGCGAGACGAAAUUGUAGAUCUGGAAACAACACUGCGUGAGAAAGAACGGAUUAUCGAUGCCAAGGAUGAAGAGAUCGAAAUCUUAAAGGAAGAUGACGGCCAAGACAGCAAUGCUGUUGCUGAAUUAGAAGCCGAGCUGGACCGGGCCAGACAGCAGUUGGCGGAGUUCCAGGACGAUCUUGAAAAGGCCAAGGCCGACGCACGUGAAGCGAAUCGCAAUCGGGAGCAAGCUAUUGAGCAAAAAGAGAAAGCGGAAGAGAAUUUGAAAGAACUUCAAGACGAAAUGGCGAACAAGUCGUUUUCCACCAAAGGCCUCAGUCGACAACUUGAAGAAAGGGCCGAAGACCUCGAAAAAGAGCUUAAUCAGCUUCGUGACGAAUACAACGAUUUGAAGCAAGACUACGCCGCGAAAGAACGCCGGGAAGAGAUGCUCGAAGGACAACUUGAGGAGGUUCAACAAGAACGUGCGGCGGAAUUGGACUCCCUUCGUGACAAAGCCGAUAGUGCAGAGCAGUAUCUUGCAGAGCGAGACGAAGCUCUAGGCAGAUUAAAGGAGGUUCUCGACGAUCUGGAUCGCAAGACUGAUGAGAAAGAGCUCCUUCAGACUCGCCACCACGCUCUAACAGACGAAUCAGCCAGCUUACAGAGGGAAUUAGCAAAUGCCCAGUCCACAAUUCGACGCCUUGAGCAAGAAAUUGAAGAUGAAAAACAGCGUGGCAUGGACAACAAUCACGAUCUUCGCACUCAGCACCGGGAGGAAAUAGAACGGCUGAGUGAGGAGAUUAUGUCUUUGCACCAGGAAAUUGAGGAUAAAGAGGGACAGUUUGCUCUGGACCAAGAUCGUUGGGAAAGCGCGAAGCGUACAUUACAGUCGCAAAAGGAUAGGGCCGAGGAACAAGCUGCUGGAUACAAACGUACGAUUGAGAAGCUUCAAGAUGUCGAAUUGACCAUUUCCGGCCGCGCAGCAAAACUCCAGGAUGUGAUUGAUAGCGAAAAGGAACGUCAUUUACAGGAGGAGGCCGUCUUGAGUCGCCAAAUCAAAGAACUGGCCGAUGACAUCACGUCAAAGAGACAAACUAUCAGCGAACAGCGGAGUGAGAUGCUCACUAUCAAGGAAGAGCUUCGAGUUGGGCGUCGCGAAGAAGAAAUCCUCAAAGAAAAGGUCCAGGCCCUGGAGGACGAGGUUGCCAUUCUGCGAGCAAGUCUACAGGAAGAAAAGGAAUACUCGAAAGCCAAGACUCUUCAAGGAGUAUCCGGUCAAGACAGUCAACUUCAAAAGGUUAUGACUGAGCGUCAAAAUUUGCGAGAUCAGCUUGCUAGCGCAAACGUUGAACUACACAAUUUGCGGACAUCCACCGCUGAAGUUGAAGCCGAACGCGAUUUGCUGCAGAAUGAACUCAACCAGAUUCAGAGCAAAUCGAAUGGAAUCAACAACUUUGACUACGAAAAGGUUGAGCUCCGUAAGGUCAAGCUUCGUCUCGAGAAUGAGCUUCAACGGUUGAAAGACGAAAAGACAUCAUUAAUGGAUGCACGAAAAUCAAUUGAAGAUGCGUUGAAUGCAGAGAUCGAGCGUUCCACAGCGGAAGAAAAUAGAUUGUCGGGUGAACUUGUUCAGCUACAAGACAAACUGCGAGCAGCCUUGGGGGGUCGAGACAGAGAGUUGGCCGUGGCAAAGAGCCAGGUUCGCCAACUGGAAAGGAGGAUAUCGGAGCUUAAUGCCAUAGCAGAGCAACAACAGCCAGUCAAUGCAGAAGGCUCGUCAGUUGCUACUGAUAUUCCUCUGCUUCGUCAGAAUCUCGAUGACGCACGCAAGCGAGAGAAAACGCUGCUUGAACGCGAAGGUGAACAUAAGAAGUCUAUACGCGAGUUGAGAAAUCGAAUCUCGGAACUCGAAGAGGCCCUUCAUGAAGCUCAGAUGCAAAAGUUGAACAUUCCAUCUCCUGCAAGGUCGUCAUCUGACGGUCUACAUGAAGAUCUACGGGCGAUGCGAAGUAGGCUCAAGGAAGCACAUAAGAUCGUCAUGGAACUCAAAACAAAGAAUCGGGAAUUAGAAAGAAGCGCGAUGAAGGCCGAAGACCGAAAAGAUCUCCACGAACUACUCAAAUCGUCCACUCUUGAAGCCGAAUCGCUCGCUUUGAAACUGUCCGAGAAAGAGCUUCAAGUAAAUGAUCUCAAGGCAUCGCUGCGUCGAAUCCGCGAGGAGCGCAGCAUGGCCGUCAAGAAGUCGGACAAAGCUAGUCAAGAAUGUGAAGCCCUGCAGGAACGGGUUGACUCGCUCAUGGAAGAUGUCAACGCCAAGGUGAAUCGCAAGAACCGCCAUGAUAAAGAGAUUCGGGGACUUGGAAAGGAGAUUGUAUGGCUCAGAACGCGGCUCAGGAGAGAAGAGAAGUUCCGUCGUGACUUGGCUUGGAGCAAAGGACUUAUGGAACUCGGUGAACAGGUUCGAGUAGCUUGCAACGAGGCCGAUCUUCGCAUGAUCGCUGAAAUGGGCAUCCAUACUCCCGAGCCCAAGAAAGUCCACGAUGCACGCCGUAAGAUCCGAACAGCAGGUCUUGCGGUGAUGGCAACUGUCCGGAUGCAGCGCAUGAGUCAAGAAUGGUCCAAGGCCAAGAAAAUCGGCGAGAGUCUGCGCCGUGCUAAGAAUGAGCUCUCAAUGAAACGAGAUAGUCAGAGGAGACGCGAAGGGUCUCUCGGAUUGAGAGAGGCUUCUAGCUCUUAA